GGACGGCUACCGGCGCGCCGAGAACUGGACGCACGCCGUCCGAGCGAGCGUGUUCCUGGCCGAGCUGCUCUCCACCUCCUCUCCUCGUCAGGCUGCGCUCACUCUGCAGAUGGCCUCCGCUGCCUCCUCACCGCAUAUUCCCUUUACGAGAACCGAGGUUGGGGCGGUAUUGGCGACAGCCUGCACAUCAAGCUAGCCCGCUAUUCGUUCCUGGUGGGCAACCACGAGCGGUGCCUCGCCUUCUUCCAGAAGCUGUUCUCCGACUGCCACCAGCCGCCGCCCGCGCAGAACUCGCUGCUGCGCGAGUUCCUCCACCUGGCGGCCCAGAUCGCCCAGACGAGCGCCGCGUCGUCCGAGCUGGUGGCCUCGUGUCUGCCCGUGCCCGUGAUCGACCAGCAGUCGGUCCGUCUGUUCCUGGCCUCCUACGACCCCUCCAGCGGCGGCGAGCAGAAGCUCUGGGACUCGCUUCAGAGCCGAGUGCUGAGGCAGGUGUCGGCCCCGCGCUCCUCGCUGCCGUCCUCCCGACCGGUGUCGGUCAUUCAAGAGUACAUCUAUAUUGAGGUGGAAGUGCGGAAUCCGCUCCAGGUGCCCAUCCAGCUGACCGACGUCCAGCUGGUGUGCACCCACGUGCCCGUGGACGCCGACGCCGCACACGAGCGGGAGGACUCGCCCAGGUUCCUCGUCGAGCCCUUCAACCACGUCCUGCGCGCCCAGGAGAAGCAGAAGUUGCUGUUCUGGGUGGUGCCCCUGGUGGAGGGCCAGCUGGUGAUCGAGGGCAUCGGGUUCAAACUGUGCGGCAUGCUCUGGGGCCAGUCCAACUUCAUCAACCUCCACAAGUGCUUCGUCGGCGGCGGCGGCGGCGGGCAGCUGCACUCGUCUACGGCGGGCGCCGGCUACUCGUCCCUCUCCGCCUCUUCUUCUGCUUCGCCUCCGGCCAGCGAGCCGUCGUCACCGGCCGACAACAACGCCAUUCACGUGGUCGGGGCCAUGCCGCUCAUCGAGGCGAGCUUCGAGCACUUUCCAGAGCAGAUGCUGCAAGGUGAGGUCGCCCUUCUCACGCUCCGCCUCAAGAACAUCGGACACAUGGGGCUGGAGGGGAUCAGCGUGGGCAUUUCGCAUCCGCACUUCUUCUUGAUCGGCGGCGAUGACUCGAGCGCCGCCGCGGAGGUCGACGAUUCGAUG